AUGCCUCGAUUCAGCCUACGACCUGUUCUUCGUCGCUGGUCUUCGCGACAUUCGGACAAAGCCUCCACCACCAGCAGCAACAGCGCCGGCACCGCUGCCACCUCCCCUCAGGUCUCGCCCAGCCCACCACCCUCUGCCUCCGAGCGACGAGUUCUGAGGCAACAGUCGUCGCUGGCGAAGCUGAGGCAGAGGCUCGGAACUCAGCCGGGUAUAUCCGAAGAGUUGCCAGAACAGCUACCUGCGACCACCUGCACCAUCACGCGCCAGCCGAAAGAGACGAGCUCGACGAACGACUCCUUCUCCGACGAGAGCCCUCUUUCGGGCCAACCAAGGACGGCCUCUGACCCAACGUUGCACGCCGACACCAAGCGAUUGGGACAUUCACACGCCAGCAACGACACAGUCUCGCAGCUCGACUUGCCAAAGACCUCAUCUUACCCUGCACCAUCCGACUCUUCCACCGACACCGGCAGAACGCUGACCAACACUGACGGCACACUCCUGGAAAAGACGAACCGAACACCAUCUCCUCACUCACCAUCUCCUCACUCACCACCUCGCUCACCACCACCCGGGUUGGAGCUGAACCUCGACCGCGUGCCAACCAAUCCCGUGCUGGUUGUGUCAGAAGCUACGCCAGAAGCCCUGCAACAACAACGUACACACCGACCAAGUCAGUCUUCGGAGUCGGCAGCCGCCUCGUCUGUUGGCAGACCGCGCAGCAGUGAAGAGAGGGACUUUGCACCGGUGAGAGACCGCUCAAAGGCUGCAAAGACAAACAGUCGUCACUCCAGUCUGAACCAUAGUACCGGCGACACGAUCGUGCGGACACUGGUGGACGCUCCACAGAGGUCCCACGAAGGCUCCAGCGCUGGCAUACCAGUGACUGGUGGCAGUACUGAAGGGCCUCCGACAGCUGGACUCCGAAACUACUUCACUUCCAGCGUGCCCGAUAUGACUACCCUCCUGCACCGGAAGAUAUGGGUCAAGCGGCCAGGCCAGUCUGCCACACUGGUGCAGAUCAAACAGGAUGACUUGGUGGACGACGUCCGCGAUAUGAUCUUGCAGAAGUAUCGCAACUCAUUAGGCAAGACGUUCGACUCUCCAGACAUGACGUUGCGCAUCGUUUCUCGAUCAGAACAGGGAGCUCAUCGACAGGAACGAACGCUUGGUCCUGAUGAAGACAUGUGCAGAACGGUAGACACACACUACCCCGGAGGGCAGACGGUAGACGAUGCUCUGAUUAUUGAUGUACCGCAAAAGAGGACCAGGCCUACACCCUCACCAGGCGGUCAUCGCCCGCACAGCUAUUAUGCGAAUGAUGACUUUAGACCGCAAGAAAACGGAACUGAUUAUUUCCCACCUAUGCCAGCAGCCAUACAACCCACGUUACCUCACACCGCCGCACCUCCCGGUCACCACCUCCCGGUCAUGGGCAUUGACCACCCACGCUCCAUCUCAGUGCUGAACACGGGACAGGUCCCACCACUGCCGUCUCCAGGAGGUCGAAGUCGCGGUCAUCGAUCGGAAAGAGAACAUCGACCUAAGUAUGGUCGGCAGCAUACUGCAUCACCCACUGGCGUUGCCCACGCGAAUAGUCAGCCCAUGGUAAACCCAACACUGCCUCAUCGGACGAUGGGCCGGCCACGUGUAGACUCCUCAGCGUCCGAAGCACAGCAUAUGCUCGCCAAUGGUGUACCUCCAGCUCCACCACUGCCUACACCACCCGUUUCUGAUCUACCAGUCGCCAUGAAACGAAUCUCACAACCCUCUACGCCGUCUGGAGUUGUUCCGCCGGCCAUGCAACACGGGUCGUCACGUCCUAAAAAGACUCGGAAACCCACACCAGACAAGGUUAUCACGAAGCGCACAGGCACGCCACAGUCGGAUCCAUAUGGCACUAACCCUGCUCUACCAAACGUCUCCAGCAUGCUGGAUGCCAGCGUACCACCCAUCAAUGUUCUCAUAGUAGAGGACAACAUCAUCAAUCUCCGUAUUCUGGAGGGACUGAUGAAGAGGUUGAAAGUCAGGUGGCAGACGGCAAUGAACGGACAAAUCGCAGUGGACAAGUGGAAAGGAGGAGGAUACCAUUUGGUGCUGAUGGACAUUCAAAUGCCGAUCAUGAACGGACUGCAGGCAACAAGAGAGAUUCGAAGAUUGGAGAGGGUCAAUGGUAUUGGUGUGUUCUCGGAGUCGACACCUGGUAGCCCGAAUGGAGAAGACCCUAACGCGAACGGCGAGGACAAUGGCAAGAACGACAGGCUGGACAAGUCGGAUGGUUUGUUCAAGUCGCCUGUGAUCAUCGUGGCCCUUACCGCAUCUUCACUUCAGUCGGAUCGACACGAGGCGCUCGCAGCUGGCUGCAACGACUUCUUGACGAAACCCGUUAACUUCGUGUGGCUGGAGCGAAAAGUGAAGGAAUGGGGAUGUAUGCAAGCACUUAUCGACUUUGACGGCUGGAGGAAAUGGAAGGACUACGCUGCGAAAGAGGAAGAGGGCAAGAGUGAAGAGCAGAAGCAAAAGGAUCGUGAUCAGGAGGAGAAGCAGAAAAAGAAGAUGGAGAAGAUGGCCCUGCUGCAGGAAAAGCAACGACAGAGGAAAGAAGAAGAAGAGCGGCGGAAGAGGCGGGAGAGUUCCUCGGAGAACACUGCCUCGCAAGUUAAUGGCGCCAAGGAGGAGACGAAUGCAGCGUUGGCAAAGGAGUUGCCUACCGCAGCGGCUGCUUCCUGA